AUGUAUUCUGUAAAGCUUUCCCAUAACUCUUUCACCAGCUUUGGAAACUCGGUGGAAAUUGUUGAUGGAAAAUCAUUAAGUUGGUUGGAUCUAGGUUCAAAUUUACUCAAAGGACCAGUUCCACAAUGGAUAUGCGAGUUUACAUAUUUAAAUAACUUAGAUUUGUCCAACAACCAUUUCUCUGGUUCCAUUCCUCAAUGUUUGGAGCGUUUCACUGUUCUUGAAAAACUAAAUCUUAGAAACAACAUUUUAAGUGGAUUUCUACCUGAUGUAUUUAUCAAAGGCUCUACGUUACGAUCAAUCGAUGUCAGCCACAACAAUUUGGCGGGAAAACUUCCAAGAUCUUUGAUCAAGUGCGAGUGGAUGGAAUUUCUAAAUGUGAAAGAAAACAAGAUCAAGGACACGUUUCCAUUUUGGUUAGGCUCUCUCCAAUGUCUAAAUGUUCUUCUGCUCCAAUCAAAUGCAUUCUAUGGUCCGGUAUAUAACCCCUCUGCCUACUCAGGGUUUCCGGGUCUACGGAUCAUUGAUAUAUCUAAUAACCACUUCGUUGGAUCAUUACCACAAGACUAUUUUGCCAAUUGGACUACAAUGUCAUUGGUUUGGCAUGGUUACACCAGACCAGAGAUAAACUAUGUAGGUUCUUAUUCCCCUGUGUUUGAUUCGAUGGAUUUGGUUUACAAAGGAGUAGACACAGAUUUCGCUCGCAUCUUUCUUGGCUUCAAAGCUAUUGAUUUUUCUGGAAAUCGAUUCUCUGGACAUAUCCCAGAAUCCAUUGGUCUGUUUAGAGAACUUCGCCUUCUUAACUUGUCGGGCAACAGAUUCACAGGCCACAUUCCACCAUCCUUGGCAAAUAUCACAAGUCUCGAGACGUUAGACCUAUCUCGAAAUAACUUGUCAAGUGAAAUUCCUCGAGGUCUUGGAAAACUCUCCUUUCUGUCCAACAUCAACUUCUCCUACAACCAUCUAGAAGGAUUAGUGCCACAGAGUACACAGUUUGGAACUCAAAACUGUUCUUCAUUCAUGGGGAAUCCUGGACUCUAUGCCAUUGAGGAAAUUUGUAGAGAAAGCCAUCAUGUUCCCGUUCCUACCCCAGAGCAAACCGAGGAAUCUUUGUCCAUACCGGAAGAGCCAAUGCUGAAUUGGAUAGCAGCCGCGAUAUCAUUUGGACCUGGUGUGUUUUGUGGGUUUGUGAUUGGACAUAUCUUCACUUCAUACAAACAAGAGUGGUUCACAGCUCGUUGA